UUCUUUUACUUCUUUUUCUUUUCUCGGUGGCGUCGGUUGGUAAUUCAUUCAAUUGAUUUUAAUUUAUUAAUUUAUUAAUUAAUUAUUUAAUUUCGUAUAAAAAUUUAUAUAUAAAUAAUUUAGAAACAAAUAGAACAAAUGUGUAUAUGUGUGAUUUGAGAUUGUGCGUGAUUUAAAAGACUAAAAAAACAAUAAACAAAACCCGACCGCCAACAUAACCUCCAAUUAAUGGUCCAUGGAUAGAAAAGCCAUAUAUGUGUCUCCAGCAACUCGAGAAUAUUUUUCCAGCUGUAUUUAUUUGUACAACAAUAUAAAAAUAAAAUAGGCAAAAUUUAAAAUUUGCCGGAUAAUUUUAACAAUUCACUAGUGUAAAAUGAGUGGCAAGGAAGCUGAAGGAAAACCCGCAGCCCAGGCUGGAGAUGGUAUACGACAGAUUCGUACCACAAACGUUUUUAGAGUGCUUAAUUUUGAACUCUAUACCAGACCCAAUAAAAUCAUUAUGGGCUUAGGGCUUGUGGCUAUAACCGGCGUCUUUGGAUAUAUAACGUAUAUGCGAAUGAAAUAUGAAAGUUUAGGCUAUUAUGCUGCCGUACAAGAAGAUGGACGAGAAGUUUUCACAAAGAAGAAAUCCAAAUGGGAUUAACAUUAAUAAUGUGAAAUUAAGAUUUGUUUUUUUAUUUAUUGUUUUACAAAAGUUUGUUCAAAUACAACCCAAAUCAAAUUUA